AUGGCUUCUACGCUCACUCGGGAGGCAGCAGAGCAGUCAUCAAAUCAGGAUAGAACUAAAUGCACCGCGCCGGAACUGCUUUUGAAAGUCGUUUUGGCGGGGACUUUGAGCCAUUAUGAGACGCGAGGCAUGAUUGACGAUAAGCGAUUGGAGCAUAUGCUGCUUGCAGGGAAGCAAAUCCUGUACAAGAGUCAUCAAGAAAGCGAUGUUAGGCAAAACCUGGGCUUCUCUCCUGCUAUAUGGCAAGGCCUUACAGAUGUGUUAACAAAGGCUAUUCCUGUACUCGAGUCACAGUCCUUUGCUUGGAAAAACCCCGCGAGCGCGAACUAUGAUGGGUCCUCGGCAAAUUUAAUUGCCUAUAAUUAUUUUUCUCUAGUCAAAGAUAUCGAACGCCUGAACGACCUGUGCACAAUCGCACGUAAUCUGCUUGCCACCACAAAACGGGCCCAAAACCUGGCUGCCGAAAAGGGAUUUGACCAGCGCAUCUUGAUGUUGAUCGAUACCUGCGUUAGAGUUACCGCAAGAGAUAUGAUGGGAGAGUACCCGAGGAACGAAGAAAGGUGGCAGAAGGUUGUUAGUCUCUAUAAGAGAUUAUUGAUAACCUGUUUGCAGUUUCUUCACAACUUUAUCAUGCACAAUGAGCACCGGAAAUUGGUACUGUGGUUAGAUCUCUUUGGCUACCACCAGAAUGGCGAAUCUAGCAUCAUCACCCACAUGGAGCCGUUGGAUCAGGCGAAUGCUACCCCGCAGGGCGUCGCUCCGAUUGUCAGGGCCGGUGAAAGGUUGGUCAAUCCGCCUUUACGAACCCUCUACGAUCAAACCGCCGAGGACCUCCUACUAGAAACGAUUUCUACGUUUCCUAGAGAACCAGCCACCAUUAAAGAAGAAGCUGCCAUGUUGUUAUUGGCAAACAUUAAGGAUCAUAUGGAAAAGCUACUUGGGAGAAAUUUGAAGGAGAUCCAACAAAUGGGUAAGGACCCAGAACGAGUUAAAGAAAUUCGUGCCGCGCUUACUGCGAUUCUCGGUGCCAAAGUCGAUGGCUGGGCAGACUUGAGUGAGCGCCAGGGCGGUCCAAGCAAAGAGGAAGAAGAAACGCGGAAGAAGCCUAUUUUGAGCAUCGACCGAACUGCCACCACCGGGUAUCCGCGCACUUGUUGGACCGAUCUGCCAGAUUUGGAUGAAUAUGAUGCGAUAGCUGAAAUCAAUACACCAGUGACUGCGGGAGAUAAAUUGAUGACGCGCUCUGCUCAGUCGGCUGCGGAAACGCUGCAAGAAGCCAAAGAUGAGUUGAUGGCGCGUUUGCAAGAAACUUCCCCUGAUAUGGUUGAGGGAGAUAGCCAGUAUGAUUCCACAGAUCGUCGUGGUAUGCGCAGUGACGACGAUUCACGCGGCACUGAUGGACUAGCCGAUGCGAGUGGCGAUGAAGAUGAAGACGAGGAAGACGACGAAGACGAUUAUAGAGGCCGGCCCGGCGAUCAGCAGCGCGGAUUGUUAACCGAUAUUCCACUUGUUCUUGGGCCAUCAGAAAUCGAAGCUUUGCCUAUGAUUAUUCAGGCUGGCAUCGUUGAUAGCUUCGGCCCCAAGGGACCGCAACAACCCGGUGUUAGAAACAUGCAAGCAGUCAGAUGCCAUAUCCUGCUUGCUCAGGAAACUGGCCGAAAUCUACUUAGGGAGCUUCUCAUAUUCAUCGCUGCAUGGGAUCUUCCGGAUGACGAGCUCUACUUCAAAAUGAUGGUGCAGAUUAUGGAAGCCGUUCUUAAAAACGGUUUAAUGUCGCACGCUUAUUCAGACUUUGGUCAAGCUAAAGAUAUCAUCUCACCAGCGCAGGCGGUCGUUAUCAAGAUCCUUACGCAUAUUUUCAGAGCAAAGUAUUCUCCGCCUAAUAUUACUUCGGCUACAGAAACACCGACUGGUCGAAGCUCUGUUCCUGUUACCAAAGUUGACUUGUACACUGUGCGCUAUAUUUUUACGAUCUUCCGUGGUAACAUUAUCCCCGAAACAUGCGCGCUUAUAUACCUCCAGGGCCAGAUUCGCGCUGGGCAUGCCCUUCCAGAAGAUUUCCCGUUGAAUCUGUGGGACAUGGAGCGUGUUUACGAAGGCGUAUACCAGUUCUUGGAAUUUUUUGCUGUUCUCACCGAAAACACGGAAUGGAAGAAUUUACUUGUACAGUGGGAGAUUGUCUAUGAUUUAGUUACUCUGAUCAAGGAGUUGGAGGCAAGCAUUCCCAAGGGGAGCCUGAGCUCCCUCACUGCUGCCGCGUCAAGAACUCAGGCCCCAAGAGAUUCAGUGCAGCCCGACAAUGCUGCCCCGGUGGCUGUCGAACGACCGUAUGAGCCCAAUGACCCGGAGCCCACAGAUGCAGCUACCGUCAGUGCAGAAUCACGAGCUCCAUCUCCGCCAAUGGGCAAUGAAGAUCCCUCGGAGUUUGAAUGGCGCAACCUCAAGAAGCUAGUUAUUUUAGUACUCUCUUCACUCGUCUGGAAGUGCCCCGAGGUACAAAAUCAGAUUCGCAGGUAUCAUGGAGUAGAGACUAUUCUCUCUUGCACCAGUUUCGAUGCACAUAACCCGUACAUCAAGGAGCAUGCCGUCAUGUGUCUUAAAUUUUUACUCGAGGGGAAUAGAGAGAAUCAAAGGGUGGUUGAGGAGUUGGAGGCACGAGAGGUGAUGAAGGACGACGGUGGAAUAUUACAGCGGAGUGGUUAUGAGGCCGUUCUUGACGAAGUCGGGAAGCUGGCGAUCCGGAAAAAGGACACGAACGCAGCCACUGCCGGCCCUUCUGGAGCUGAGAGGAAAUAG